UAGCAAGAACUUGGCGCGACUUUCAAUCUGCCAGACCGGUUUGUGGCGCGAAAACAGUCAUUUCUGCGCCAGGGCCGUGUCGGGUUGGGAGAGCCUGCUGUGGCUUUGUAUUGGUCAGGUGUAAACCAACUUUUGUAAUGGUGCGUACCAAGGCAGAUGGCAUCAAAGCCACUGGAGCAAAAGCUCCUCGUAAAGUAGCAGUCUCAUCACCAAGGGGUGCUUCAAUGAAAGGGAAAGAGCGAGCCGGUGGUGGCAGCGGCGGCGGAAACUCGUACCACCCGCAGCCGAUACCUUCCUGGCAGCGUCCCGUGGCCGGCUUCUUCACAGCCGUGCCACGUGCCGCUAGCGGGGCCGGCGGCUCGUCCGAGGGCUCCUCAUCUGGUGGUUCAUCAGAGGUCGUGGACCAGCCUGUCGAGCGGUCACAGUCGCCGGAGGUGGUAGAAGAGGCGGCUUGUGGCAGCACAGAUAACUUUUCCAACAAUGGCCUGAUAUCUGACGACGACGAGUAACCUCUGUCGCGAUGCUGGUGAGGACCUGUCCCAUGAUGGCGACAGCCAACAUUACGUGCCUAUGACGAGCCGAAAGUGUUACUGAUCGUGUGUUUCGUUUGCUUGUGUAGUCUGAGGUCGAGUGGUCUGAAACGUUUUGCAUCCAUUGGUUUGUUACUUGUUAGGUUUCAUUGCAACGAACUUAGUGUAAGUAUUGUAUUUCGAACAUGCACAUUAUUUUGCAGUUGCUGAUCGCAUGCUAGUUUGUCUCGAGUGUACCGAGUGAUUUGUGUAGUGAACCUGUGAACUGUAUUUCGUGUGUGUGUAUAUACCAGUUGUGUGAUGCCGUUUGGAGUGCCGUUACCGGCCUCACUCCGAGCCAACACUACCGGCGCGUGAUUUACCGUCAGCGCAGCCACGACCAGCCCCUCACUGCCAGUGCCAGAGGCGGAACUGCUCCCCUCGCCUGUGAUUCUGAGCCCCAGGCACGACUCAGCCUUAGUUUUAAUGCACACAUGGUUGCCAUGGACCAGUGAAAUGUGUCUCGUGUAGUUCCACAUACCUGUUGUGGAGCUCUGGGUUAUUAAAGUGGGAUAAUGGGUAGUAAGUUGAUGACUCGAGGUCUGUUAGUUUUAGUUCGACCUGUCCCACUUUAAGCUCUGCACAAGUGUACUUUGAAGCUGUAGUGUCAAUGAUGUAAGGAACAUUUUUAAUAAACAGUAUUUUAUUA